AUGGCUGAAGAUAUGGAUAGUGCUGAUACGCAAGUUGGUGAUGUUGAUUCAUCGCUGAAUGCCUCUCUUCCCGAACCAAGCAAGGAAUCGUCACGGGAAACAACACCAGAAAGUGUACCGACAAAUGACCAAUCAGAUCGUCCCAAACCUAAGAAGAGACUUACACUCCAAGAAAGAUUAGCUCAAGCAGCUAAAGGGAAAAAGAAGCCUUCUUCAACAACCCCAACCUCAUUGUCACGUACCACUAGCAAUGAAGAUCAGAAACCAGAUUUAGACUUGCAAAUGGAAAUCGAAAGAUUAAAGCUAGAAAACUCUGCAUUGACCAAGAAGUUAAACCACAAAUCAAACUUUGAUAAAGAAAGAAACGACUUGAUUGCCAAACUUGCUUCCAAAGAUGAAACCAUUGAACAACUUCGCAAAGAAGGCGAAGCACUAUCAUUAAAGGAACUCAAGCUAAACGAGUCCAUUAAAAAGCUCAAGCUUGCAAACCAGGAUUUAGAGGAAAAUAUCCGUGAUUACAGUGUGAAAAGUGAAGAGUCGUCUAUGAAAUUAGAAGAGUUGACUGAUUUUUUGAAAACCCAUAAGUUUAAAACCAUAGAUCAAGUUGUCAGCAAGUAUGAAGAGGUGGUUAAGGAAUUGGAGGUAGCAAAAGCUGGUCUAGAAAACUCACAUACUUGGGAGACAAAGUACAACGAACUAGUAGUUUCUCAUGAAGAAGCCAAUGCCGCCAAAAAGGAACUACUUAAAGAAACCAACGAAGUUAAGAUAGAAUUGAACAUGCUUAAGCGACAGCACAAACUUGAAAUUGAAUCCAAAAAUGCUACUAUAAAAGAAUUGAAGUCACAAAUGUCUGCCUCCAAACAGAGUUUUGCACAAGAGAUUUCCCGUCUUGAAGAUAAGAUCGAGACUCUCAGGUUGGAAAAUGAAUCGAACGAAACCGUUUCUGAAAAUGUGAAUGAAGAUGGCAAAGUUGAUUUUGACGAGUUUAGUAAACUUUCUGAAGCACACCGUAUUCUUCAAAAACAGUAUUUGUCUUCACAGGAAAAUUGGAAGGCUAUUGAAUCGAAUUUAUCCCUCAAAGUUGACAAUUUAUCAUCUUCUGUGGAGUCAUUAAAGAAAUCCAAACACAAAUUGACACAAGACUUGGCCAAAGUGAAUAAUUCCAUGCACUUGCAAUUAAAGGAGAUGGAGAAACUUGAACAGGAUAAAAUUAAGUUGCAAGAAGAAAGGAAUCAGCUUCAGUUGACGGUGGAGAUGAAAGAAAAUGAAAUUGUCGAGAUCACCGAAAAGUUUGAAAAGUUCAAAGGCAUAUACAAUCAAGAGAGAGCUGCACUCAAUUCCAAGAUUCAGAGUUUGAAUGACAAAAUAAAGGAGGAGAAGCGACCAGAGCGAUUAAAUCUAAUUCGAGACAACUCAGUUAGUUCAGGGUUUAGUUGGGAUAACGAAAUCAAAUUGGGCGAGUCUUCAACCACACCUGCAAUAAAUAGAGACUUUUCUACAUUCCUCGACAGGAACAUUUCGCUGAGUUCGUUCACUGAGAUAGGCGAUGACAUUGAUGAUCGCGAGCAGUAUUCGUUUACUGGCCAACUUGCACCACCAGUUGGAGGUGGAGUGCCUGCUUCCUCGCACAGCAAUAACAUCCAGUUGGUUAAUAAAAUGAGUUCCAAUAUCAGACGCUUAGAGAUUGAGCUUAACACCCUUAAAGACGAAUACUCCAAAAUAUCCACUGAAAAGGAAAAAGUUGAACAGGAGUUGUUGGAGAGUUUAAAACUAACAGAUGAAAUCAAGUUGUUGCAUUCAGAGCUUGAUUCGUUGAAAUCGGUCAUCAAGGAUAAAGAAAUACAAGAACAAAGAAUGUUAGAGCUAAUAGGUGAAAAGUCUGAACAAGUUGAAGAACUUAAAGCAGAUGUAGUUGACUUAAAAGAGUUGUGUAAAUUACAGGUACAACAAUUAGUAGAGCAGAGUAGUCGUGUAUAA